GGAUGAUUUGAAGACUGAACGUUGGAGAGAAAUCAAAAAGAACGGAUGAACACACAAAGAGUCAGAUGGUGGUGAAGCUGUGACAGGAUGAGCGUAAAUCUGCAAACUCUGCCCGUCGCCAGCGGCAACAACACGUCGAUGAUGAAUGAGAUGAUGAAAUGUAUACAUAGUGAUGAUCUGUUCAGGUACAAUGCCUACAUCAUCACCUAUCUCGUGGUGUUUCCUCUCGCCUUUCUGUGCAACACUGGAGCGCUGGUGAUUUUCCUGCUGCAGGGUCCCCGCAGAGGCUCUUCCGCCUGUGUGGUCAUGAUGAAUCUCGCCCUAUCAGACGCCAGCUUCUCCCUCACCCUCCCGCUGCGAGCGUUUUAUUACUGGAUGUCUGGAGUGUGGGAGUUUCCUGAAUGGCUGUGUCAAUUAUGUGGCUACACCUUCUACGUUAACAUGUACACCAGCAUCUUCUUCCUCACUCUACUGAGCGUGCUCCGUUGGCUCGCCGUGACCCAGCCCCUCCAACACAGCUCUCAGGUCACACCCACUCGAACCAUGUUGGUCUGUCUGGGAAUCUGGGUGUUUGUGGGUGUGUCCGUUUCUCCCUUCCUGCUCAAUGGGACGAAAGAAAGGUCGGGGUCAACUCGUUGCUUCGAGCCAAAUGAUGGUUCCUCUUGGGAGGUUAUCCUAAAAUUAAACUACGUAUCAUUGGCUCUGGGCUUCAUCCUUCCCCUCCUCACCAUCAUCAUCUGCUACAGCAGCCUCAUACGUCACCUGAUGGCCGGGUCUAGCCUCUCUAGCAACCAGUCCAGCAACACCCACCACCAUACUAGACAACGAUCUGUACACCUGGUUUCCAUGGUGAUUGUGACCUUCCUGUUUUGCUUUCUGCCCUAUCAUGUGAUGAGAUCACUGCACCUGCAUGCCGUUUUGGGCAAGUGGCACUGUGAUGUCAUAGUGAUGCUGCAGCGAGCAGUGGUGGUGACGCUGUGUCUGGCGGCAUUCAGCAGCGUGGUCAACCCUCUGCUGUACUACUACUCAGCCAAGAAGUUCAGAAACGACCUGAGGGACGUUUUCCGGAACAGCAGGAGGUCCUUCCAACUCAGAGCUUCAGCUGGGAGGAGGGAACCUGAAACCUGAAACACCUGCAAGGUCAUCAGUCAGCACUGUAGCUCGGCCAAUCAAAAGAGUCCGCCUCAUUGAAAACAGCAUCAAGGAUCAUUACAUUUAUUUCUUUUUAAAAGACAGAUUUCACCUUUCAUGCGUAAAUUGAGUGAAAUCACUUCCAGCUCUGCAGACAUCAAUCAUUCAUGGGGGUUCAAGAGUUGUUGAGGAGGAUCCACACAUUCUUGAAGAGGAGGGUUCAAGUGUCGUUGAAGAGAAUGCUUCACAUCUUCAGUAGGAACCAAUGGGCUCGUAGCUGAGAGCCGGAUGGAACAAGCAACGUGUGUGUGUGUGUGUGUGUGUGUGUGUGUGUGUGUGUGUGUGUGUGUGUGUGUGUGUGUGUGUGUGUGUGUGUGUGUGUGUGUGUGUAAAUGUUUUAUGUGUUUCCAGAGAAGCGUCUUUGUUUACAUGUUUGUGUUUCUCUGUAAACUUGAGUCACUUAGAACGGAAAUGAGAACAUGUGAACAUCCCAUGGGAAACAUCUUCUACGUUCUCUCCUCUCACUGCAUGUUUGUGUUGUUUUUAGGGUUAGCCCUAACCCUAACCCAGUUUCACACAACAAUGAUCCUUUUGUGUUGUACUUGUGAACACGUGAGUUUUGUUUCCUGGUUAAGAUCCAGUUUGUGAACCCAAUGACACAAGAAACCAUCGAUCUCAGUAACUUUAUCCAAACAUAGUAUGCAGAUCCAUUGCAGUUGUAAUAAUCCCUCUGACCUGUAGAGAGUGUUACUCCACCGUGGUGAUAAUAUAUUGUUGAUUACUGACAUUUAAACAGUAAAGAUAAAUCAGAAGCUGAUCAAAACACAACUCAGCUUAAAAACUCAUCUCCAUUAUGGUUCCAAACAAUAAAUAAUGAUGGAGUUCAGAUUAAACCACUUAAAUAUUUGUGUUAAAACUGCAAAAUGAGCCAAUUCAUUGUCUUAAAUGAUAAAUUCAAAAUCCAGUAUCUUCCUUUGUAUCAAAGCUUAAAACGUACUUUUAUCUUAAUUAGCCAACAUUACUGUAACAACACGUUCCUGUAGAUUCACGCUGUACGACAUCAGGAGACUACGCCCCCUUCUCACUCAGAAGGCGGCGCAGGUUCUGCUGCCAUCCGACCUCUGCAGCUCAUCCAGAAAGCAGCAGCUCGACUGGUCUUUAACCUAAAGUCACUCACACUACUCCGCUCC